AUGAGCUAUGCUCUAUUGCCUGGAGAUGGAAUCGAUCCAUAUACUCUGCCCAUGUUAGACCCGAAACCAUGGGAACGAGUGGAAGAGAUCCGCCGUGCGCGUGAGGGCUAUGUUUAUGGACCACCCCUGUUGGGGAAUACCUCUGCCUUCCCGACUGGAGUGUUGGGAGAUGCCAUGGUGGCUCGUGACCGAGCCCAGUGGUUUAAGGAUGUGGAAUAUGUGACGAAUAAUGUCUAUCCAGAGAUAGAAAAGGCGGCUACAGCUUUAGCAAUGGCAGGGGGUUUGCAGGACCUAUCUGACUACAAGGUCCUCUACGAGGGGCAAUGGCGCUUCACUGUCCCGGAUGGUGUGGCACCAGGCAUGUUGACCAACUGGACACAAGACCUACUAUUCUCAAUGGAACGGCUAUCUACCAACCCAUAUGUGGUCCGCCGUCUCCAUCCACAUCACGAUGCACUUCCCUUUCCCGUGGAAGAUCGAGUUGUGCGACAUCUGGCCUCGGGAAGGACGCUUGCUGAUCUGCAUGACGAAGGGCGGUUGUUUAUCGGUGACCACUCAUAUCAAGCAAGAUAUCCGAAGACACCAGGACGCUGGACUGCAGCAUGUACAGGGUAUUUCUUUAUUCACCCCUACUCAGGUGAAUUCAAACCGCUGGCGAUCAAGACGAACAUGGGCCGUGAUCUAACCUAUACUCCGCUGGAUGAUGAGAAUGACUGGCUCUUUGCCAAAAUGGCCUUUAGCAUGAAUGAUCUCUUUCAUUCACAGCUGUAUCACCUCGCAAACACCCACGAUGUUGCAGAGCCUGUGCAUCAGGCAGCUCUUCGGACGAUGAGCUCUCGACAUCCUGUGCGUGGAUUCCUGGAUCGCUUAAUGUAUCAGGCAUAUGCGGUGCGUCCUAUCGGAGAAGAGUUCCUCUUUAAUGAGGGAGGAUUUUACGAUAGCUCUUUUGCCAUGCCCAAUUUCUCUGGCAAAAAAUUCGCCACAGAGGCAUACUGGGGCCACGCAGGUCACUUCCAAGCCACUGGAUUUUACCGCGACCUCGCUGACCGAGGUUUGGUCGACUGCAAGUACGGACCGGCAUUGAGCUCUUUUCCCUUUUAUUCAACUGUGGCGCCGAUGGUGGACGCCAUAGAGGAAUUUGUGCAAGACUUCGUGAAAUCCUACUAUAAGUCCGAAGACAUUAUAAGCCAGGACGACGAGUUACAAGCGUGGAUUAUUGAAGCCAACGAAGAAGCUAAAGUAAUUGAUUUCUUCCAGCCACCUCUUCUUAACCGUGAAUCACUUACUUCCAUCCUGUCGCAUAUGGCCUUCCUGUCUGGAAUUGCCCACCAUGCUUUAAAUGGCGCCACUGUCGGGGAAGCAUCGGGAACUUUACCUUUACACCCAUCAUCUUUUAACCAUCCUCUCCCGGAAAGCAAAGGUAGCAUUACAUCUCUUCUACCAUAUUUGCACAAUGAAACCGAAGCUAUAAAGCAAGCCUCUCUCCUUGUACGCUUUAACCGCCCUCUCCUGAGUGAGCAGGGUGGCAACCUUCCCCAGAUGUUUUCAGGUGUCCGCUUUCUCUCGCGGAUAGAGGAGGCGGUACAGAGUGCUGAGACACGGUUCCGAGAGCGUAUGUUAGCUAUUAGUGAUGAUAUUCGGGCGAUGGAGUUUGAUGAUGAGGGAUUGUCACAGGGAAUGCCUUUUAUUUGGAGGUCGAUCGAUCCAAGGAAGAUUCCAUAUUAUCUAUGUGUAUAA